AUGGAAGCACGCCUUGAGCUCAACACCAGCCUCGGCUGCUACUUCAUCGGCGUUCUGUUCGCAAUUUUAUUCAAUGGAAUAACUUGCGCCCAGGCUUUAUACUAUGUACGACACUAUCCGGAGGACACGCUGCAGCUAAAAACACUGCUUGUCUGGGACUACCUAAUCACAGGCCAUGCCGAUAUAGCCUCAGUCACAUCAUUGCCACGGUACAUCGCGACAUCCGAGUUCCACCCGUGCCCAAUCGUCAUGUUAAAACAGGGGUUUACGGUCCUCACUGUUCAGUGCUACUACGUACACAAUGUGUGGAAGUUACUUCGCGAAAAAUGGUUCAAAGUCCCAGCCAUCGGUCUGAUGCAUGCACCUGCGAAAGCGCAUAUCUUGGCUAUACCCAUUGUGUUUGUUAAAAUGAAGGUCCCCGCGUCGCUGCAGACGCUAUCGGCUUCCGUCACGGACGUACUCAUUACGGUGUUCAUGACGUGGGCUCUGAACAGAGAACCAGUGUCAUUCGGACCAACCGAGAGUCUCGUGCGCAAGCUCACUGUAUAUGCCAUCAACUGCGGCAUCCUUACUGUGAUCGUGCAAAUUCUGCAAUUUAUUAUGUACACUGCUUUCAACGCGUCCGUGUAUUACUGGGCUGUGUUCCAUUUCCCGGGAAACAAGAUUUAUGUCAACUCGAUGCUGGCUCUCCUCGGACCGUAUGCUGAUAUCGAGGCUAGGGCGAACAGUUCUCCCUGUCGAUAUGAGCCUUUAAUGGGGUCUCCAUGGGAUACUGGAGUCAGUUAUGUAAGAGUGGACAUUAGCGCGGCUGCGCCUAGUUGGAGAAUCUACCAGCUCAAAGCUGAGCAUGGUGGAGAGUUUCUCUAUUAUUAA